AUGUAUCCUACUGUGGAAGAUAUCAUGUAUUCCACUGUGGAAGAUACCAUGUACCACAUUGUGGAAGAUGCUACUGUGGACGAUAACAUGUAUUCCACUGUGGAAGAUAUCAUGAAUCCCACUGUGGAAGAUAUCAUUUAUCCCACUGUGGAAGAUAUCAUGUAUCCCACUGUGGAAGAUACCAUAUACCACAUUGUGGAAGAUGCCAUUGUGGAAGAUAUCAUGUAUUCUACUGUGGAAGAUAUCAUGUAUCCCACUGUGGAAGAUAUCAUGUAUCCCACUGUGGAAGAUAUCAUGUAUCCCACUGUGGAAGAUACCAUGGAUUCCAUUGUGGAAUAUACAAUGGAUUCCACUGUGGAAGAUAUCAUGUAUCCCACUGUGGAAGAUAUCAUGCAUCCCACUGUGAAAGAUAUCAUGUAUCCCACUCACACUGUGGAAGAUAUCAUGUAUCCCACUGUGGGAGAAAUCAUAUAUCCAACUGUGGAAGAUACCAUGUAUUUCACUGUGGAAGAUAUCAUGUAUUUCACUGUGGAAGAUAUCACGAAUGCCACUGUGGAAUAUAUCAUGUAUCCCACUGUGGAAGAUAUCAUGUAUCCCACUGUGGAAGAUAUCAUGUAUCCCACUCUGGAAUAA